AUGGGCGCACCAGUAUCACAGACACAAGACGAUGUACGCGUCUUCAUUGGGGUUAUUGGUGACGAAGACACAACGCUUGGAUUCCUCCUCGCAGGUAUCGGCGAAACUAAAAUACUUCCCACUAAGAAUUAUAUGAUGGUCACCAAUGACAACAGCGUCACCGAUGUUGAGAAGUUCUUCGUCACAUUAUAUCAAAAUUCUAAUAUUGGCAUUAUAUUAGUUGCUUCAGACAUAUGGCAUUAUUUGCUGCCGGCUUACAAUGGUAUGAUAAAAAGAAAACUUCCGAUUAUUUUGGAAGUUCCUAUGAAAUGUACAAUGACAACCCCUUUGAAGCUAAAAGAGCGCGAAGUGGUCAAAAGAAAAACGGAGAUUGAAGCCAAACCUUAG